AUGAUGACCCCUACCAACUCCUCCGACACUUUAAUCCCUCCUCCAUCUCCUGUCCACAUCUCACAGUCGACCCCCAAGCCCACGACGGUGGCCAUGGAGAUGGACUUACUACCGCCCGCCGAGUCUCCACCGCCCGUGGUCCCCAAACUCCUCCGUGAAGCCAGUGACAUCACAUGGCAGGAAUCUUUGGAAUCGAAAAAAGGCCAGGUUUUGCUAGUCCGGCGAGGCGGUCGCUUCCGCCUACUGCACCAGCAGCAAUUCAAAAAUAGCUUGCUCGCCAGUGUCGGGUACCUCGAGCUAGCUAACGCCGCUGACUUCGCUGCCAAUGUCUGGAACCAGAUCCCUGUUCCGAAGUUUGCCGCUGUGCUCAUGGGAAUUGGGGGUACACUUGCCUUGGGAAUGGUGCUGGUUGCUAUUCAUGAUCUUCGGCUGAGCUGGACAAACGUCAAGCUGCUACGGGCGGAGCGGGAUCAUCUCCAGCGUCUUCGGCAGUACCAUGGCAAGAAUGUAGAACUCUCCCGGCUCAUUGACAGCCGGCUGGGCGUGGGACUGCGUGAAAUUGGCACCGAAGUGAUUGACCGGAUCGCGAUGGAUGUGUUGAUGGGACUCGGCUCCUUGUUGGUUGGCGUUGGCACUUUGAUGGCCAUUGGCGGCGCCAACCCCCACGUCUUCAAAGCCAGUAAUCUACUUUCUGGUUAUAUUGGUAAUGGUCUCGCCGCAGUGUUUGGCCUUGUCAAUGCCAUCUGGUCUGGCUAUCUCUUUCGUCGAUUCCAUGUGCACGACACUGCUGUCUUGGCCCACGAGCCCAGCGAUGAUAUCCGUUGCCGUCUACAUACUCGGUUCCGUCGCUUUCAAUGGCAUGCUGGUAUCAAUGGGCUAAAUGGUCUUGUGGCGGGUGCCGCUUCGAUGGUUACUGCGGAGCGCUGGUGGGGAUACGUUGUCCUGAUUCCAUGUAUCAUUUCACUAAUACUAUGCAACUAUUUCUGGCGGAAAAAGCUGGGUUAUGAUCGUCCACUCCUUGGGACUACAUCACCAGCGGAAAUACAGGUGACUGAGCUCAUUGAAGACCUGCAAUACGUGAUUGCAAUGCAACACGCUCUCGCCGAUCUUGAACAUUCCCUACCGCAGGCCAUUGUCCAACCCAACUCCGUGGACUCAAUUCUUCGGUUCAUUGUUCGUGAAAACAUGUUCGAAACAUACUGCGAAUCCCUCGCCCGGAACAAAACCACCUGCCAUCUUCUUGCCGCAUUCCCAUCUUCAAACACAUCUCCUGACCAAAUCACCAUCUCUCUCGACGCCCUCGCUCACCUUCCCCCAAGACACCUAGAUCUCAUCCUAGAGCACGCAAAGCAAUUCCUACGAACAACUGGUGUCCGCAUUUUCACAUAUCGUGAACGCCACCUGCUCGAACUUGUCGGUCACGCCGUCUAUCAGGAUCACAAAAAAGCCACAACAGCCACGCAAGAUAGCGCGAUAGAGCACACUUAA